UGCACACUGAAGCAGUCACCUGCCUUCAGAGCCAGGACUGAUAGUAGUUAAGUGGUAUCCAGACCCAGUAACAGGUACAGGGGACCCCUGCACAGCAGGUGACUUUUCCCCUCCACCCAGUGGAAUUACAAGAGAAGAGUUUUUGAGAGGCUCCCAGAGAAAGGCCAGAGGGGAGGCUAAAGGUAAAUGCAACAAUGAGCCAGUCAGGAUCUGUCAGCAAGCAGGGGUCCAUAAAUGGGGGACGAAUGAGUGCAAAAGAUCUGUUUGAACAAAGGAAGAAAUAUUCUAACUCCAAUGUCAUCAUGCAAGAAACAUCACAGUACAACGUGGAGCAUCUGGCCACGUUUGUAAUGGAUAAGAGUGACUCUCUUGGCACAGUAGACGAUGCCAUCAAAAGGUUGUUUCAGUUGGAGACCAAAGACAAAAUCUGGGCCCAAGAAAUGAUUCUGCAGGUCACAAACAACAAUAUCAGGCUGCUGGACAGUGUGACACAGGAAGAGCUGGAGAACUUUCCUUUGCCUAUUGUCCAGCACUGCCAGAACUUGUCAGGCCCUCACCGCUACCCACACGUCGUAUUACUGGUGUGCCAGGAUGCAGACCAGCCCAAGCCCGACAUACACUUCUUCAACUGUGAAAUGGAGGCUGAGGUUAUUCAUGCUGACAUAGAGAGCGCUCUCGCAGAUAUAAAGCAAAGCAAGAAGAUACGACCACAGACACUCAAGAUUAACCAGGAGAAAAUCAAGCAAAGGGAUUCCAUUCUGCCUCCUGCUACUGCCCCCAAACCUCCCAGAGACAACAGAAACAGGGUGAUGAACCCACCUCAGCCCAAUGACAUUGAACACGACCGAAGAAGCAACGUCUCCCAGGAACCCGAGGAGCCCCGAGAGGUUUUAGCACAAAAAAUUGAAAAAGACACACAAGUUUUAAACUGCACAUUGGACGACAUUGAAUUCUUUGUAGCCAAGCUCCAAAAAGCAGCGGAAGCAUUCAAACAGCUGAACCAGAGAAAGAAAGGGAAGAAAAAUAAAAAGAAAGGGCACGCAGAGGGAAUGCUGACAUUACGGUCAAAACCACCAACAGAGUUCGAAUUUGUUGACUGCUAUCAAAAGAUCAAGCUGGCCAUUAACCUCUUGGCUAAGUUGAAAAAACACAUACAGAAUCCAAGUUCUGCAGAGCUGAUUCAUUUCCUAUUUGGCCCCUUGGAACUGAUAAUUCAGAGCUCUGGAGGCCCAGAACUUGGUAGGUCCAUCUUAGCUCCACUGUUAUCCAGAGAUGCUACUGACUUCUUAAGGGGACAUCUGACACCAAAAGAGAUGGCCAUAUGGGAGGUUCUGGGAGACAGGUGGACCAAAUGCAGGGCAGAAUGGCCUAGGGAACCUCCAAUUCCACUGUACAUCCCCAAAUUUAACAAUGGCUGGAUACCUCCAGUGGAGAUCUUCCAGGGAGCACCCUGGGAAACGGAGGCGCACCCACCAGAGCCCAAACCCAGGAUACAGGAAGAGGCUUCCCCUGCUAAUGGCAAUCCAUACAGGGCAAAUUCAUUCAAAAAGCCCCCUCCCGACAAGGAUCUCAGCACCAGCCCUCAGAUGAAUAGGAAUUAUGAAGCUCCAGUGCCGGCCCAGCCACAAAAAUUGGCCAAAAUCCGUUAUGACUUUACUGCUCGCAAUGCCAAUGAGCUUUCCGUGCUGAAAGAUGAAGUUCUGGAGGUGCUAGAGGAUAACAAACAGUGGUGGAAGCUGAGAAACAGGAUCGGGCAGGAAGGCUACGUUCCAUAUAACAUCCUUGACAUAAUGUCAACUGAAGAAGCUUCCAUCCAAGAUGGGACUUAUGGAACAAACAAUUCCAGAUACAGAGAAGACAUGAGUCCUCGGGGUGUGGGUCCUUCUAGCCCCGUCUACAAACACCCCAGCACCUUUGCAGGGGACAAGUGGUCAACCAAUCCAAGUAAUAAGGAACAGUUAAUUCACCACAUGGAUGAAGUGAAUGACGAGCUUCUGAAGAAAAUCACAACUAAUCAGCCUGCCAAGAGGAACUUCAAAGUAGAUAAACCUCAGGCAGUGUAUGUCCCCUUGAACUAUCAAUCGGAGCCAGAAGAGGUCAAAGCCUGGCUGGAGGCCAAGGGUUUCAGUAAAGGGACAGCCUCGCAGUUGGGUAUCCUGAAUGGGGCACAGCUUUUCUCUCUGAACAAGGAAGAGCUAAGGAAAGUGUGCGGCGAGGAGGGAGCACGAGUGUACAGUCAGCUGGCUGUCCAGAAAUCACAGUUAGAGAAAAGUCGAGGGGACACAGAACUGCAGGAAAUCAUGAGGAGGCGCCAAGAAAGGAUUGACUCAGUCAAUUAGCAUUUCCUCUGCAUCCCUAUUUUUUUUCCUUCCUGCAAAACUUUUAACAUCCGGGGAAAACGGCGAAGCCUUGCGCAGUGCUAUGAGCGACGAUGGCUGAAAAACGACAUUCUCAUUUCUUAGUGGCAUGUAAAUCUUUAAAGGAACAGCCAAGUAAACACCGCAUCUAUGCUAUAUAUACAUUUAUACAUAUAAAUACAAAGGUGUAACAGGGGUUACUAACCAAUGUAGUGGGAUUUGGGAAAGAAAGUCGGGAUAUUGGGCACAGUCCUUGCCAAUUAUCCAAGUGUAAUACAUUUUGUUGUAAUGAAGUAUUAUCUAGAUGAAAGGCCUACUACACCUGCUUGAGUGUAUAGAUUUAUAUAUAGGAACCAUAUAUUUAUAUGUAUAUCUUUGCUGAACUCUACUCUAUUGUUAUCUUAACAUAUCAUUUAAUACUCUCAACCUCAGCAGCUGGAACAGGGGGUAGCUUUAAAGCGAUACAGGCACCUGUAUGAAACCAUUCCCAUUAAUAAACUAUCUUGAGCUCUAAGUUCUUUUAUUGGUGCCUCCCCUCAGGCCUCCUGCAUAUCUAAGAUAAACCAAUCCAGAGGUGGCAUGCAGGGUAGAUGGCACGGCACUUCAAAACACUAGCACUAUCCACAGCAAUUUGCAGGGAGGCAGAAUGGGGCAAGCAAUCUUUAAAAAAAAAAAGUGUCAGCAGUGCUCAAGAUUUUUUAUAAAUGUGAUCCUGGUGUUGUGUAUGUGCCUGUGUCAGUAUUGCAUGAAAGUAUUAUUUUUAUACAUACAUACAUACAUACAUAUAUAUCUUUAAAAAAGUGAUCCUGUGUAGAAGCAGCUUCAGCUAAGUAAAAGCCUUGUUCUCAGUCUGAAGGUAAGAAACGCUGUUCAUGUAGUUAUUCUGGAGGGUUUGUAUGAGGUUAUAUAUUGUUUAAGUGAGAAUAAUCACUGGGUUCCCAAGUAUAUAGAUACAGAGGCAACGUUCAAUUACUUUUCCUUUAUUUGGCUUCAGUUACACAGUGCAUUUAAUGCUACUAAAUGUCUGUACAUUCAGCUACUAAUGUUUUAUCAUGCAGCACAAAGGGUUUUACUAUACCUGAUAAUGGGCAGAAAAAAAUUGGGAUGAGGGAAAGGGAUUGAGGCAUUUGCUUUCUAUGUGAUCUUAGAUCUAGCAGGUGGGAUACUGCAGCCGUCUCAUGCCAUACCCAUUCCCACGCAACAGGGGGCAAUCUCAGAUGAUGCAGUAGCCUGAUAAAGCUCCCAUUUUCCCACCAUGGCCCUUUUCAAGUGAAUUUUGGAUACUGUGGUGAACCCAGGCAUGUUAAUUCAAUGCUGCAAGUUUUCAAGGAAAUUGGUUCCUUUUUUUGUAUUAUCUGACUCAGUCUUACUGACCCGUUGAGCCUCUUAAUUACUGACAAUAUUUUAUUUCUGAUAGUUCUAUAUAUUGUUACCUUCUGCAUUUGUAUCACAUUCCUUGCAAACACAGAGAUGCUUGCAACCAAAAGAAAGAUAUAAGGACUCUAUGCCCAAAUGGCUAUUACCAACUUUCAUUAUAGAAAAUCUCUCUCCAGGAAAGCUCUUCCCUUAGAACCUCGGCAUAUGGUGCCUUGUGAUAGCAGCUGCUUGAAACCCCCCCCACCCCCUCAAAAAAAGAGAUAUGGGAACUACCAUAUUGUCAAAAGCAGUGGUCAAAAGAGUGGUCCAUAAAAUGCAGCAGGAAUAUAGGGCUUUGGCGCUGUGUUAAAGUUCUACAUGGGCAAAGGCCAUUCUUGAAAAAUGUAGUUCUUAUUAGUUUUUCUACCUUCCCUUGGUCCUCCACAGUUGGCAGGUUGUUCAGUAUGUGAAUAUCGCAGAGUUGUACAGUGACAAAUUUGUAAGGACGAAUAUCAUCCAGACUGUACACGCGCUCAGAUUAAAAUGAUUGAAAUACUAAACACAAUAUUUUAGAAGACUUUGAAGAUUGUCAACACAAUACCAAAAGAGGCCUUACUCUGUCUGCUUUAAUUCCUUCCUAUCAUGUGCUUUUCCUAAGUACCAUGUGUUGCUAUGUAACAGUGUUGGAUCCUGAAUGUCAGAUGUGCCCUUAUGUUCGCAAUCAUUAAAUAUGUUUUCCAUAACACAGAGCAAUAUGAUCAAGUUACCUUUAUGAGAAAAAUUUGUUUUUGUCUUAAGCCGCAGAUUGUAAUUAUACUGUUGCUAAUAUAUUGAUACUGUCAUUCCCUGUAUGUGUAUGUUUAGAGUUGCAUGGAAGUGGGAGUGGUGAAAAAACAAAACCAUAUUGAAUUAAAUUUUAAAUACAAUAUUUGCAUUUGAAAUAAAAAAGGUAAAAAUAAAACUAUCAAUAUUGAGAAACACAUGUAUACACAUCUGAGAGAACUAUCAAUAUUGAAGCAAAACUACUAUCUAAAUAUCAAUGGAACUAAACUGAUCAGGAUUAUAACGGGGUCACUUCCACCAAUCAUGUUCCUCUGCUCUAGGGCUGCUGUUGGGGCUCAUUACACAGCAGUGUCUCCAGUGCUGUAGCUUUUAAACACAGAAACCUGACUACUCAAUGGGGCUAUUUAUCAACAUUUGUAUGUAUUUGUUUUCUGUGAUUCAAGUUUUAAUAAUAACCAAGAUUUGAAAUUUUUGAUAUUUAUUAAGUAAGAAAAACACAAAAAAAACUGUAAUGUAAUUCGCAUUAGAAAAAAUGACUAAAAUGACAGGGUAAUUGUCUAUUAAAGCUCUAGCACAAGAGACACCGUUCUCUGCUAAGAAAUAAAUGCAACACAGCCCAGGGUUCAGACAUAUUAAUAGAGUAUUCAUAUCAAAAUGAUGCAGACAAAUAUGUUAUGUAACUUGGAGCCAUUUUGCUCAAAUAGAUUAUCUAAAACUACUGUAACUUUCCAUCAAAAAAACCCGACUCUGACGCAAAGCCUGUAGAGAGACACAUAGAUGAGAGGGGAACAGGGAAGCAGGGUCGGACUGGGAGGUGAAGGGCUCCCGCCCCAGGGGCCCUGCAGGUGUCCCCUAACCCCCCUCGCAGGGCCCCCCACCCGACGUCCUACCCCGAGCGCAUAAAUUUAACGCAUAUGGGGAGGAGCGGUCGGGCAGGGGGAUCGCUGCAAGAGUUGGGUCUGGGCCCACUAGAGCCGGGGCCCACCAGGAUUUUUCCUGGUGUCCCGGCGGCCCAGUUCGACCUGCAGGGAAGAGUCACUUCUUUAUUUCAGACUACAUCAUUUUCAAUUGAUUACAUGCAGAAAUGAUUAUAUUUUCUUCAGAGGAAGCUUAUAUUCCCUAUAAAGUAAUAGUUCCCAUUUAAAGAUAUGGGAGAAACAAAGAAUCAUGGAGGCCAUCCACUGCUAACCUAUUUCUUACCAAUAAGAUUACUGAAUGGCAAAGCAGCCAUGUACAGGUUCCAGUAGUUCCGCUUUUGAAAUUCCGUGAAUGUAUUUUCGUGUUCGAUAAGAUAUUUUUCCUUUAUUGGUUUGCAAGUAUUUUCCCUGCUGCACUACACAAGCUGAUUGUUGUUAAUUGUCGGCUAAACCAGAGUUACUGAACCAAAUUAAAUUGUGAUCCUCUAGAACAUAUUUUGUGGGACCCUGUGAUGACAGUGUCAGAACCAGAAUGGAGAUCCCACUACUGACAGUCUUAAGAUUUUUUUGGUAAAGUUAUUAUUUCAUUAUAAAGUGAUAGCUGAUUUUUUAAACUGCCUUUAACAAUGCAGAUAUGUUUAACGCAUAGGGGGGGUUAUGUAAUAAAAGGCACUAAGUUUGCCCUGGAGCAGUAACCCAUAGCAACCAAUCAGCACUUAGAAUUUACUUGACACCUGUUUAAAAGCAAAGUGUUUGCUAUGGGUUACUGCUACUGGGCAAAAUUAGUAACUUUAAUUACAUAUGGGGGAUAGAGAUGUUUUAUCUUUUUAUUACAGGAGGUCUGAUAUUUGAACAUAGGUGCUAAAUUGCUCGUUUAGCACUUUUGUUUAUAAAUAAGGCCUAAGACAUCUUUUGUGGCUUGAAGUUUAAAUCCUCUGAAAAGAGAAUAAUGGGUUCCUUGAGAUGCUGCCAUAAUGGAAUGUUUUUGGUCACAUUUUCUUUAUUAAAUACCAUUUAUCUUGAACAAAACACUGAUGGUGCAUUUGGCAAAGCAAGAGAUCUGCCAGCACCCCCAGCAGCAUAUAUUUAGGGCCGGUCUUUAAAACACUUUCUACAUGCAUACACACCAGAUGCCUUUAUCUUCUUUUUUUACUAUAUCUGUGUAUCUCCUGUUUGUAUUAACAACGUAUUGUAAUUAUUCCAUACAAAAAAAACACACUUGUACAAUGUAAGACUGGAUGAUGAACUGAUAUGUUGAUAUGUUAAAGAUUUAUUAAACAGUUUAAAUUAUA